ACUACAUUGUAAUGCUGCCCUGUCAAGCUCACGGCUGACGCUAAAUUGCACGUAGCUAAAUAGCUUACACUGCUAACAAUGUCUAACAAAGAAGUAAAAACAGCGCUAAAGAGUGCCAGAGAGGCCAUUAAAAACAAAGAGUUUAAAGAAGCUCUAAAACACUGCAAGGCUGUUUUAAAACUCGAGAAGAACAAUUAUAAUGCAUGGGUGUUCAUUGGAUUGGCUGCCAGUGAGCUGGAGCAGCCGGACCAGGCACAGACAGCUUAUAAAAAGGCUGUGGAGCUGGAGCCUGAGCAGCUACUGGCAUGGCAGGGCUUGGCAAAUCUUUAUGAGAAGACAGAUCAGUGGGAUUUCAAAGUUGAGCUACCAAAUAUCUAUCAGAAGCUUGUGGACCUGUAUGCAAGCUCUGACAAGACAAAAUGUUAUGAGAUGAUCAAAAAACUGUCAGAUAUCUAUCAGUCUGACAAAGAGUAUGUAAAGUUGGCAAAUGUUUGGCUGCAGCUUCUUCAGCUAAAGGAGGAGGAGGCUGUGGACAAGAAGGAGUUACUGCAGCUUUGGCAACAGAUGACUCAAGUUCUCUCAGAUUGUCUCAAGGAGGGAAAUCAGGGAAAUGAAAUUCAACAGCAUUUAAUCACAGCUUUUGAGAAGGCCAUGGUUCUCAUGGAUCCUGUGCCUGGAGAAGAACACAAGAAGGUCUCAGCUGACUAUGUAAAAUGUCUGUCUAAUCUCACACAAGAAGAAGCCAAAAUGAAGGAAGCUUGUGAGACCAUGCUGUCGCUUUACCCUGACCACAGUUAUCCACUUGAGGUCCUUUGUUCUCACUACCUCAGAAAAGGUGUACUUGAUGAGGAUGCUAUCAACUGCUUCUCCCGGCUCUUGGGUUUGGACCCAAACAGUGGAUUAGGACACUUGGGUCUGGGCACCAAAGCACUGCAAGAAGGAAGGUAUAAGGACGCCAUAAAGGACCUCGCGCAAGGGUUGAAGAAAAACAGCUCCAGCACAGGAUGGUUGAAUCUGGCUGAGGCUCAGCUCAAAACACACAGAUACCCAGACUGUGCUUUGUCAUGCUCGCAAGGACUGACAGUGUGUGAAGCUGAAGACGAAGAGCUGAGAGUCAAACUGCUCCGACUGAAACUAGAGGCUUUAGUCAGGAGUGGAGGAGAGAAGGCUGCAGAUCAAGUUUUGGAGACAUUUUCACAAAUCCCAGAUGCUGGAAAAGACUUGGGUCUUCUUGCCCUGAAAGGACGUGCCUACCUAAACAAGGGACAAGUUGAUCAAGCACUUAAGGAGUCAUCCAAUCUGCUGGCCUCUAACCCUGAUCUGGCUCAGGGUUUGGUGUUAAAAGGACUGGUGCAGUUGGCUCAGGGAGAGCAGCAGCUGGCAGAGGAGAGUUUUCUUAGGGCAGCUAGCCAGAGCUCUGACAGCGGGGAGUGCUACUUUUUGCUGGGUAAACUGUACUGGGACAUGGGAGAAGAAACUCGCAAAGACCGGACUAAAGCUCAUACUCAUUUCCUCAAGGCUGCAAAAUUGGACCCACACCUGGGUUGUGUGUUCCGCUACCUUGGUCAUUAUUACCGAGAAGUUGCGAGUGAUCCAGGCCGGGCACGAGGCUGCUAUAAGAAAGCCUUUGAGUUGGACAACAAUGAUGCUGAGUCUGGAGCUGCCUCAGUGGAUCUCUGUAUGGAGCAGGAUGAUAUGGACACGGCCUUGGCAACACUUCAGUCUGUAAUUGAGAAAGCCACUCCAGGCUCUGCUAAAUGGGCUUGGAUGAGACGAGGUCUUUACCACCUGAAGAUUGGAGAGCAUCAACUGGCGAUAGCGGAUCUUCAGGCUGCUCUGAGAGCAGACCCAGAUGACUGGGUGUGUUGGGAAUGUCUAGGUGAAGCCUACUUAAACCGUCGAAGCUUCACGGCAGCCUUGAAGGCUUUUGGUAAAGCCCAUCAGCUUCAGCCCUCCUCAAUCUACAGCGUGUACCAGGCUGCUGCUAUCAAACAAACUCUGGGGAAGUUCAAGGAGGCAGUGGCAGAGUACCUGCAGAUCACAGCGCAGCAGGACUAUGUUCCUGCUCUUAAAGGUCUUGGGGAAUGCCAGCUUUCUCUUGCAAAAAGUCUAAUGGAGGACUGCAGAGAUGGGGGAGCCAUUGACCUCAUUCAGCAAGCAAUACACAACCUUUUUAGAGCUGUGACUCUGCGCCCGGACCUGUCCUGUCUGUGGAAGCUGCUGGGAGAUGCCUGCACAGCAGUCAGCACUGUGUCACCAAACAGAGUCCAGGUCCAAGUGCCCUCCCAGCUGGCUGGUUUGGACUCCAACGCUCAGAGUCACAUGCUGAACCAGACUCAGACACUGAAGGUCGGCGAGAGAUGUUAUGCCAGAGCUUUGAAGCUGAUGUCUGAAGUCCCCAGCCUUUGGUACGACCUAGGACUUAACUACUACCACCAGUCCAACCUGCCUGUUAGCACUGGGGAUGACCAGAACUCCCCAUCUCUGCUUUUAGAGAAAGCCCAGCAGUGUUUAAAAAAAGCCAUCAUGAUGGACAGUGAGAAUUAUAGCUACUGGAAUGCAUUGGGAGUGAUAUCCAUGAGUAAAGGCGUUCAAAACUAUGCUCUUGCUCAGCAUUGCUUCAUCAAGUCCACACAGGUUGAGUCAAACAAUGUUGUGGCUUGGACCAACCUUGGUACCCUUUACUUGAAGAAGGAUAAUAUAGAGCUUGCACAUGAAGCCUUUAAGAUCGCCCAGUCACUGGAGCCGCUUUAUGUUAACUGCUGGAUCGGACAGGCACUGAUAGCAGAGCGAGUGGGAAGCUAUGACACCAUGGAUCUUUUCAGGCACACCACCGAACUCAGCACACAUAUGGAGGGAGUGAAAGGUUAUGCCUACUGGGUUUGUUCCACUCUUUUGGAUAAGAGCAACAGAGACUCUGAACUGUACCGCUACAACAUCGUCCAGAUGAACGCCAUCUCCGCUGCUCAGGUGGCUCUCUGCAAGUACACAGAGAGGAUCCAGUCUGACCCUGUUGCCUUUAUUAUGCUUGGCUACCUGAAUGAGCAUCUUCAGCUGAAGAGACAAGCUCUACAGGCUUACCAAAGAGCUGUUGAGCUGCUUCAGUCCAAGUCCUCCACAGAAGAGCUGGCUUUCGCUCUGUGCAGCUAUGGUCGUGCUUUAUGCAUGUCAGGCCAGUGGGAGGAGGCGGUGAGUGUUUUUAACUCCACUCCCCUGCAGGAGCUCAGUGAUCUGGUUGGUCUGGCUCUGGCCUACUGCAAGGCAGGACUCAUCUCAGAGAGCAUCAAUGCCUAUGAACGUGCCUUGAGCGUGGCUUCCAGUGAGAAGGAGAAGGCUUACAUAUUGACAGCUUUGGCAAUGCUUCAGCACCAGCAGGGUAACCUGGACUCAGCUAAGACUCUACUAUUUAAAUGCUCAGUGUUAAAGGAGCCCAUCUCAGAGUCUCUGCUGUGUUUAUGUGCCCUGGGACUGGUGCACAGUGAUGCAACAUUGGCUGCUGCUGCCCUGUCUGAGCUACUGAAGCAAGGAUCAGCCUCUGGGGACGUUACUGAGCAGCGAUGUCUUCUCACCUGCACUUUACUGGCUCUACAGGGCAACUACAGUGCAGUGCAGAGAGAGGCUUCCAGAGCUGUGCACAGAAACCCUGGAAACCCAUCUCUGUGGGCCUUGCUGUCCAGACUGGUACCACAAUAUCACCCCAAGAAGGCAAAUGGCGGAGCCAUGGCGGGUCAGGUCGCCUGUCUCUCCAGUAUGACCCAAGGAAAGAGGGCAUUGUUGUAUAGUGGGGUGAACCAGCUGGCUAAUGGAAGACACUCUGGAGAGGACAGUCACAGAAACGCCCUGAAAACAAUGCAGAGAGCUGUGCUGCUCUGUCCAGAUGAUCCAGCCACAUGGGCCGGAUUAAUGGCUGCCUGUCACACAGAAAACACCUCCUGUUAUCUCUCUGGCUCUGCUCCUAGCAGACAAGGACUUGAACAAACCCUCAUGUCAGUGGUUUCUGAGAAAGUGCGUAAUGUUGAGGAGAUUCAGCGCCCUCUAGCCCAGACUCUUGAAGGCUGGGUAUUACAACAGGCAGUGACUGGUCUCACAUUUGGGGGACAGCUGGAGCAGGCUGAAGCCCUCUGCUCUCAGGUGCUGAACGUUUCUCCACAGCACCCAGCAGUAAUGCUGUCUCUGAGACAGGUGCAGUGUCAGCGUCUUCUUGUAGCCAAUCCUGGCAGGGUUCUCCCAGACGCUGUGCUGGAGCAGCUAAACAACACUGUGAUGAUGAACCCCACUAAUGUUGAGGCUUGGCACUGGCUGGCUGAGGUGUAUCGUAGCCAGGGCCUGCUGGUCCAGGCAGUCAUGGCUUACAGGCAGAGUCUGCAGCUUGCUUCACAGCUCGGACGGCACAGCAGCCAGGUGGCCAGCCUGCUGCGACUAGCACUGCUAGCCUUAGGACUGUGUAUGGCACGCAUCCCUGGAAACGAUUGGACUGACCUCGUACUUGAAGCCACCACUGAGGCAUUAAAGCUGGGCUCAUCCCCUAUGGCUCUCCUUUUCCAGGCUUUGCUCCAAUAUGUGACCAAGAUGGCUGCAAGGGAAACCAGGCGUUUGUUGGAGAGGCUAGUGUAUGUCUCCUCCCGAGAAUUUCCUGUGACGGUGUUGCAGGUGGCCAGCUGGUACCUCCUCAGACACUUGCAUGCCAAAAACGACGAGGAGCUUAUGAAUGUUCUUUUGCAACAUGCAAAAAUGAAUGGAGAUCAAAGACUGCUGGACUUUCACUCACUGCUUGCCUCAGAGUAAUCCUCAAUGUCUCCAACUCUGCAACAGCAUCAAUUUAUAAUCAUGCAACUAAGCGGGCGUAUCCAUACCACCAAUAUGGCUUUACUUUUAACUUCGUAUGAAAUAUCAAACUGGUCAAUACGGAUCAUAAACAUGACAUUUAUUGGCUUAACAUAAUGAUUUUACAUUAUUGUAUGAGCAGGAAAUCAAAUGAAUUCAGCAAAUCAAAAUCAUGCGCUUUGGCACAUAUUUAGGAUGUAAUAAUGUAAACAAAUGUGUGCAUCAGGCUGAAAUAAAGGCAGUUUGAUCAACAA